AUGGCAAAGUCGCUCAAGGCGACCUUGGCCGUGCUAACUCUUGCAGCGCUGAAGAGCUGUGAAGCAGCAACCACACCUGAAGAACGGCAGGCAAGCACCGUGAUUUUAGUUUUCGCCGUCAUUUUCCUAGUUGCCUUUCUUGCCACGCUGGCCACGUCGUCCAUCUAUGCUCAAAGUGAGCGUUCAAGGACGAAAGCAUUGUUCGGUCUGCUGAUCUCCUGCGGUUGCUUGGUUGCCAGCCUAGCGUUGUGGAUACUCUACAUAAGGCACAGACAAACGCUGGAGUCAGCUCACGAGCAGUGGCAAGAGGAUCGAACCAUCUUGCUGACCCUCGCGAUCACCUGUACACUCACUUUCAUCUUCGCCUCCACAUGCUUGUUGUCACAUCAGCAAUCACAUCAGCAAUCUUUGCCUUCAGAUUCAGAAUCCGGCGCUGCCACUAGCCCGUGGAUGUACAUGUACGGAAUGGUGCUAUUCAUUUGCGUUGCGGCCACUGCGGCUUUGUGGGUGACCUAUGGAGGACAGGAAGCCAGGACCAACUGCAGCACACUUCGAGAACUCAGCCCUGCAUUGUGCGAGCCGUCGAUGUGGAUCAGCCCGCCACCUGCUGGGUUUUCUGCUUCGGAGUGCUGCCGACAGCCCUGGUCGGCAACCACAACCGUGACCACGACGAUGACUCAGACAAGCACUCGAAUUCAAUCCAAGCAAACUGCGCCGUGCCAGUGCAACGGUGGCAAUGCUUCUUCUGUCGGUGCCCUUCUUUGCGAGACCGGAAGUGGAGAGGAGUGCUCCCAGGUCAAUGAAUCGUGCUUCGCGGCCGGGCGACUGUGUACACCGGCAUUGUGCCGAACCCGUCAGGGUUUGUCUGCAGAUUGCAGCAGCUUUCUCGAAGAGGCAAGUUGCUCACUUCAAGCAGCCUGUGUCUGGGAAGACACGCAAGUCACCUAUGCCUAUCUUUGCCGGCCUCUGGAAAGCCAAGAUGCCGUCUCUGUUAGUCUUUGUGCUGAAUACUCGACGGAGUCCACGUGCAACGAGCAAAUAAUUUGCAGGUGGCGGCUCGAAGCGCUUAGUGCAGAGAGAUGCAGCAACGGAGGAAGCUGGCGUGGUUGCGUGAGCAGCAUACCCUCCCUGAACCACCUCUGCAGUUCGCUGCGGACAUCACCAGAUUGUGCAACAGACCGCUUCUGCCAGUGGAACCCGACAUGCGAAUGCACCGACGACUUCUUUGGUGACUUCUGCGACAAGCGCGUCGCUCCGGUUACAGGCGGUCUUGGGUGCGUACAGCAUCCGAGUCGCUUCUGCCGCGCAAUCAUCUAUGCAGCCUCGGAGGAUGAUCGGUUCCGAUGCUCCAGCCCCGGGCUGGACGGUGCUUGCGACGACUGGCUGCACUUGAAGCACGUGGCCCAGGUGAUGUACGAGGUGGAGUUGGGCACAACCAUCGUCGAUUUUGCUGCUGUUUUCUUUGGCCUGGCCAUCAGCUUUAGUAUUCAUCAGAGGUCAAACUUCCAAGGCUACCGUCGCUUCACGCUUUUGGCCAUUAUCAUCAGCUUCGUGGUGGAUUUGGUCCUUAAAGCCAAUCUCUUGAGCGUCGUUCGCGCAGUUUCCCUCAGCAAGUACCAGGACUCGUCCUGCACGUCGCAGGACUUGGAAGGCGAUGAUUCGUUUGCGAGGUUGACAGGCUUGGCGGUGUGGAUAGCAAUUAUGGCAACUGCAAGCAUCAUCGUGGCUGCACUUGGGCUUUGUGCUACUGGUGUGCUAAUCGCCGCAGCGGACUUGUGCGAUCUUACCGCAAAGCUGGGGUUUCUGUUGAUCACCCAUGGUGCGGGUGGUCUGGUAGCUGUGGUCAGUUUCUUCAGCUUAAGGUUCAACACGGAACCUUUUGUUGACGAGAUUGGUGCCAUAGAGAAGGCAGCCUUGGGCAUUCAGACCUUGAAAACAGGGCAGCUAUGUUUCACAAGGCACCCGGACUUGCCAGAUCCCAAGAUGGUUGGUGUGGAGUGGAGCAACCCAGGCCUCCAUAUUAUACUGCCCGGUGCCCUCGCGCUGACAUCGCUGUCCUCCGCACUCGCAAUCGCCGUUGUUCCGAGGACGGCAAGGGAGGAAAUAAGAGAGGCAGCUCCGGCUGUGGGUCGACGCAGCCGAGUGACACCAGCUCCAGUAGUGGGGCGCCGCGAUGAUGUCAGUGACUCGAAGCCACAGCCACCGAAGAAACCCCGGACGCCGGCUGCCUCCGCGCCCACUGGGCAUGCGCCGUCCCUGCACUCCACGCAGACUGAGAUUCCUUGA